AAAAGGGAGAGAAAUCAAAAAAAUUGACGCAUUCUGACACAGUCAAUCAUUUUAAUAAUUAUAUAUAUAUAAAAAAAAAAAUUAAAAAAAAAUUCUAACAUAAAAAUGAAACAACUAGCGUUAUUUGUCUGCGUGGUAGUAUUGCUUCUAAAACUUAUGAACACAGAUGCACACUUUAAAUCAUUUCAUGCAGACACUUCGCUGUUGUCUCUACCGUUGGGACAACAAUCAGAAUCAGCUCUCGGUCAAUUCGACUUCAAGACAUCACUAGCCGUAAAAAAAACCGUAGCGUUCAUGACCUUUCUAUCGUCCAGCCCGAAAUUGCUGUGCCUAGUCCCGCCGUUUUUAAUAACGGAUUUUCUCACACAACUUUCAUGUAAUCCCACAGUACUGAAUGCUAUACCGCGUCACGUGAUAACGGGAUUCAUGACCUCGUUGUCGGCCAACCCGACUCUCGUGAGUGGAAUUCCUCAAACAGUAUUCGUAUCGAUAAGCAACACGUUGUCCACCGGACCGUCGGCGGCUACGGGGACGGCCGGGUCACCAAGCACGGAAGUCGUCGGUAACUCGUAUGGGUCGGCCUCGCCCGCAGUGCCACAAUCGCCUGUAGUUCAGGUGAGCAAAACCGUCGAAGCCACCGUAGCGCCGGCUGGCCCAUCUGCACCGUCCGCAGUGCCGCAAUCGCCUGCAGUUCAGGUGAGCAAAACCGUCGAAGCCACCGUAGCGCCGGCUGGCCCAUCUGCACCGUCCGCAGUGCCACAAUCGCCUGCAGUUCAGGUGAGCAAAACCGUCGAAGCCACCGUAAUUCCGGCCGGUCCAUCUGCACCGUCCGCAGUGCCGCAAUCGCCUGCAGUUCAGGUGAGCAAAACCGUCGAUGCCACCGUAAUUCCGGCCGGUCCAUCUGCACCGUCCGCAGUGCCGCAAUCGCCUGCAGUUCAGGUGAGCAAAACCGUCGAUGCCACCGUAAUUCCGGCCGGUCCAUCUGCACCGUCCGCAGUGCCACAAUCGCCUGCAGUUCAGGUGAGCGAAACCGUCGAUGCCUCCAUAACGCCGGCCGUUCAGCCAGCAUCGACUGCGCCCGUUUCACCCGUAGUCGCGAUCAGCGCCAACGCCGUUGCCGCCAUAUCGUCGUCCGGUUCGCCGUCAUCGCCCGCACAUGAUUUGUCCGGUGUUUCUGUUGCAAAGGAAGUCGCCGUUACCGUAGCGCCAGCAGUUUCACCUUCGUCAACGGCCCCCUGUUUACCCGCGGAUUUACCCACGAAUAGUCCAUCACCGCCAAUCGUAUAUCCACCAGUAGGUGGACCUUCAGGACUUCCUGAGCCGUGUGACGACAUAAAACUACCAUCGCCAUUUUCGAUACUGCCAUCGCUAUUCAAUAAGGGAGCCGGUGUUAAUAUAUUAGAAUCGAAAAUCGAAUCGAUUCUAAGACUAUUUGCAAGUGGUAACUUAAAGUUGCCGCAAUUGCACGUGCCCGCUGUACCUAAAAUACCUAUUGUACCCCAAAUACCUGUCUUACCACAAAUACCCGCUGUACCCAAAAUACCCGCUUUGCCCAAAAUACCAGCUUUACCCCAAAUACCCGCUUUACCCCAAAUUCCUGCAAUUGUAAGUAAACCUAAAAUAUUUGUCCUAUUACCCGCUCCAUUAAUUGGUAAACAAAUUGAAAUACAGCCCGCGCAGCUUAAAAAACCAGAAACUUUAGAUAAUAUUAUAAAUAUUAUUCAUAAACGUCUACCCACUCCGCACAAAUUGAGCUUGCCAAAAUUGCCCGCGCUUACAAGUAACCCGAUCAAAUGUCUUCCGUUAUUCUCAAAAGUUCCUUGUUAAUAUUCUCUGAUAUAAAUUAGACCGGUUUAUUUUUCCCGAAAACACUCAUCUCUCCAUUUUUAAUGUAUUUAUUAUUAUUUUUUUGUAUUUUAUAAUUAUAUUAUUGUAAUUUAUUUACAAAUUAAUUAUUAUUGAUUUUUAUUUAUUUCACAUCAUUAUUAUGUAUUUAUAAUUUAGACUAUUGUGAUAAUAUACGUAUUACGUAUAUAAGUAUAGUCGUACACUAUAAAACGAAUAAAAACCAUUUUUAAUGUAUUUGCUAAUCGGCGGUUUUGUUACAAUAAUAAUAUUAAUAAUAAUAAAAACUAUGUUGAAUUAUUUCUUUAAA